UCUUUUCUAAAUUUAUCUUUUCUUUUUAAUUUGAAGCUAUAUAUUUAUUUAUUUUUUCUCAUUAUUUUCACAGGACAAUUAAACGAUUUUAAAGUUAAAGAACGAUUAGCAACACGCGCUCACAGUUCACCUUAUCCAAUUAAACGAUUUUGUUGUACUGUCUCCUCAUCUCAAUACUACUCCUUCAACGACGCUACAAAUUAAUUUUCUUUAUUUUUGUUAAAACCUAUAUACUAAUGUUAUUUCUUUGCUCAUAAUGUAACUUGGAAAAAAAUGUAACUUGGAGAGAAAGUACUAUGUAUCUAAUAACCUAUAUAUUAGAUGCAUCCCAUGCAUAUAUGGAUGGAGCAAAAAGGAUUACUCGGGAUCUGUGAAAUUAGUUAGAGAGAGAGAGAGAAGAAACUGAGGGCAAAAGCGUAAUAUUGAAAGCAGAUAUUCUCUGCAACAAACGAUGCAAACAAACAAAGAUGAGACAGCUUAAACCCUUCCAUAAAACCCCCAUCAACCUCACUCACACACACAGUUUAUACUGCCAUCAUCAUCUCUCUCUAGCUAGCUAAUUGAAAAUGGCAGAGCCACCGCCGUCGUCUCUCCAUCAUUUCGUGGGUCCUUCAUCAAAACAUCGAUCAUCAUGGAACAAGAAACACUCCUUCGGAGCUCAACAUCCGACCAUCCACCGUCUCUUCCCGUGCCAGUACUGUCCACGCAAGUUCUACACCUCCCAAGCUCUCGGCGGUCACCAGAACGCACACAAACGCGAACGCGCCGCUGCUCGUCGCAACCUCGGCGUUGUUUCUGAUCAUGCUCCAAACACCCUCGACGACGCCACUUUCCUUCUUCCCUACCCAUGCAAUCUUUACCCUAACCCACCUCAAGUAUCGGCAUGGAGCGUACCUGAUCAGCAGACGACGACUAUGGUGAGUGGGUACGACCCGUAUCCGUAUCCUUAUGGGCAUACGUUUGAGGUUUCUGGCGUCAUGGAAGAAGAAGAAGACGAGCCACAGCUGGAUCUUUCUCUCCAUCUCUGAGUGCUUUUCUGUUUAGUUUGUUUUGUCUUUGUUCAGGUCUCUUUUAAGUACAACUUUGGAUCUAUGUAUCUUGCCUUCUCUCUCUUUUUGUGUUCAGCAGCCCUUACUUUUUAAGAUUAACUAGCUGCCUGCUACCUUUUUGAUAAACGAUUCGUUUCGGUUUUAGUUUAUAAUCUAGCAGUCUCUUUGCUAAAUUGAAUACUUUUUUAUCUUUAUGGAUGAUCCAUUAAUUGCGAUGAUAGAAUCUGAAUUUUCUCCAUCGUCGCCUUUUUUUUAUUUCCUUAUUUGAUCGG